AUGGAAAAUUUUGAAUUCGUGUUCACCUUGCAUUUGAUGAAAAGAGUAUUGGCAAUUACAAAUGGACUGUCACAAGUUUUGCAAGAGAAAAAUCAAAAUAUUAUGAAUGCUAUGGACAUGAUACAUGCUGUGAAGGUCAAGUUUCAAUCAUUUAGGGAAGAUGGAUGGAAUAAUCUUUUUGAUGAGGUAUGCAAGUUUUGUGUUGAAAAUUCUAUCGACGUGCCUAAUUUGGAUGAUAAUUUACCAAUCCGUGGUCCAUCAAAACGUGAAGGUCAAAGUAUAACAUAUCUUCACCGUUUCCGUGUGGAAAUCUUUUUUGAGGUUAUUGAUGUGAUUGUGCACGAGAUGAAUAGUCGUUUCUCAGAAGGGAAUAAUGAGUUGCUUUCUUGCAUAAGCUCCGAGUUUUAUCCAAAAGAUUUUUCUGCAUUUGAUUUGACGAUGUUAAGCGAUCAAUUGGAUAUAUACAUAUACGAUGUGAGGCAAAGGGCUGAUUUUGUUGAACUUGUGGGAAUCAGACAACUUGCAAAGAAGCUGGUGGAAACAGAGAAGUACUUGAUUUAUCCUCUUAUUUAUCGAUUGAUAGAAUUAGCAUUGGUUUUACCAGUUGCAACUGCUUCAGUUGAAAGGGCAUUUUCAGCAAUGAAUAUUAUCAAGACUGAUUUGCGUAACAAAAUGGGGGAUGAGUUUUUGAGCGACAAUUUAUCAUGUUAUAUUGAAAAAGCAAUUUUUUUGAAGAUUGAUAAUGAGUCCAUUCUACAGCGCUUUCAAGCUAUGCAGACUCGGAGAAUGCAAUUGCCCCGUAUUUAUCAAAAUUAA